AAGAAGAGGAAUCGUAGUUUGAAUUUUGAUUGGAAAAUCUCAGUUUUAUAUAUAUUCUUCAUUAUUUAAUUCGAAAGCCAACAAAUGUUGUAAAAGCAGUGGAAUUGAAAUAAACUUCAUAUUGUUCCUGAAAUAAAGGAAAUCACAAUGCAAAAUCAACCCUCUUUUGGAUUUGGUGCUACACCAACCACUCAAGCAUCUACUGGUGGGUUUCAAUUUGGGACUCCUGCUACAUCUACAACAGGAUUGUUUGGUUCCCAAACAGGUACUCUCAAACCCACUGGUUUUGGGACCCCAACUGCCCAACCAUUGAAAACUGGCUUCGGUUUACCCCCUGCAACCUCUGCUCCUGCUACAGGAUCUCUGCUUUUUCCUUCAGCUGCACCAACAGCCCAACCACCUGCAGCAUUUGGCGGAGGGCUUUUUGGCACUACCGCAACUCCGGCAACUUCUACCACAACUCCUAGUUUAUUCGGACAAGCUACAGCAGUACCAUCACAGACACCUGGCGGACCUCUUCCAUCGUUUGGCUCGGCGGUAAGUACAGUAAAACCCACCUUGGGCUUGAGUACUGCUAGCACAGCUGCCCCUACUGUUGGCGGUUUGACCUUCGGAGUUCCCACCUCUGUCACCACAACAGCCAGCCUGUCGUUUGGCCUUGGUACUGCCACAACUACCAAUGCACCUCCCUCGUUUGGCUUAGGGGGCACCACUACUUCAGCCCCUUCCUUGAGCUUCGGCCUGGGAGGGACCGCGGCUUCUACAGCACCCAGCACCAGCCUCACAUCGACCACAGCGCCCCCAGUGGUGGGCUUGGGAGGUGUCGCGCCCGCUCAAACGGUCGUAUCCAAGCAAAAGGAUGUCAGCCCGAAAGAACAGACUCUACCGAAUGAGAUCGUUCAAACCGUCGAUGCGUUCAAAGAGAUGGUCAAGAAGCAGAAAGUGUACAGCACCGACAUAUCAAGAUGUUCCGUGAGAGACUUCAGGAAAGUCGAGGCCGAUAUCGGUCACAUGUUGAAGCUUCUGACCGAAGUGGAGAAUCAGUUGCAGAAAAAUAGGCACUUUGCUGAAAAGAUGAAGUACGACACGGCCAAGUGUUUGCAAACUGUGGAGAUGGCGCAAGCUACGCAGGACACUCCUCCUGGUUUGCAGUAUGAGAACGUGGCGCCGCUCAAGUUCUUCCUUGAUUUGGCUGAGAAGUUCGAGAACGACAUGCACGCCUUGAAGCUGCAGAUCGAGAGCGCUGAUAACUACAUCAAGAAUUAUAGAAAUCCCAGCGUGAUAUCGUCGCAGGAUGUCUCUUUAGGAAUCCGGAAACUCCACGAGACGUUUGUCGCUUUAGCCGGACGGUUGCAUUCCAUUCACAACCAAGUCGAGUCCCAGAAAGAAAGUUAUUUGAACCUGCGCAAGCAGGUUUGCAACGAUUUUUACAACCCUUUCGAGAAGCUCUACACGCCUCAGGAACUGAGCAUGAACAAUCUGAAGAGCGCCCUGAUAUACUCCCCGCCAAAAGUCGCCACUGGCCCCACUCCAUUCAGUAAUCUGAACAUGGGAAACACCAGCAUCAUGCUGCUGCAGCAGAGCCAGAACCCUCCGACCUUCCAGGGACCUACGGCAACUCCUCAGGCAGGGUUCGGGAGCGGUAUGUCGUUCGGGAGUAGUCUGGGGGGGCCGCAGACUCCCAGCGCCUCUUUGUUUGGCACUUCCUCUUUCGGUCAGAGUUCCAACAAUUUCCAGCUCCAGAAGCCCCCAUCUGGUCACAAGAGGAGUAAAUAACUGUGUAGAGGGAGUUCGAUCUUGUUUUAUCUUUAACAUCCUGGUUUUUCCAUUUUGAAUUUGUUAUUUUGAUUUUUUAAAGGAUUUUUAUGGAAUAAAAAUGUCUUGGACUUGAAA